AUGCAGGCGACAGAAAGCGACUGCGCGCGCGCAGAACACGCCCCGCCUCCGGGAAACCCCGCCCAGCCUCCAGGGCCCCGCCCACCUGCCUGUGCGCCUGCGCCGCGCGCCCGUGAGCCGAGCCCGAGGAGAACCCGAGGCGCGCGGGCUCGGGGGAGCGCGCGGGCGGGCGCGCGCGGGCGACGCCAGCCACCUCGCUGGGCCGGAGUUGCCGCCCGCUCCCGCCGGCGUCGAGGGCGUGGCGCCCGGCGGCUCCGGCUCGGCCCUCUGCCCCAGGCCGCGUACUUCGGCGACGCUCGGGCUCCGCGCUGCCCCGUGGGUCCCCCGGCCUCUCUGGCCCUCGCGUCCUUCGUGCAGCGACGGUGCGCGCAGCAGUGGGUGUCUACAGAGAAGACCUGUUGUCUGGGGACAGUGCCAAGGGACACUAUGAAAUCUUGGAAUGACAGCCAGUCCGAUCUCUGUAGCAGUGACCAGGAAGAGGAAGAAGAGAUGGUUUUUGGUGAAAACGAAGAUGAUUUGGAGGAAAUGAUGGAUUUAAGUGACCUGCCCACCUCACUUUUUGCUUGCAGUGUCCAUGAAGCGGUGUUUGAGGUCCAAGAGCAGAAGGAGAGGUUUGAAGCACUUUUCACCCUCUAUGACGACCAAGUGACAUUCCAGUUGUUCAAAAGCUUUCGAAGAGUUAGAAUCAACUUCAGCAAACCGGAAGCGGCGGCGAGAGCUCGAAUAGAACUCCACGAAGCCGACUUCAACGGGAAGAAACUGAAGCUGUAUUUUGCGCAGGUGCAGGUGUCCGGGGAGGCUCGGGACAAGUCCUACUUACUGCCACCACAGCCCACCAAGCAGUUCCUCAUCUCCCCUCCGGCCUCUCCGCCGGUGGGGUGGAAGCAGAGUGAAGACGCCAUGCCUGUGAUCAACUAUGAUUUGCUCUGUGCAGUCUCCAAACUGGGGCCAGGGGAGAAAUACGAACUGCACGCAGGAACUGAGUCCACUCCCAGUGUUGUGGUUCAUGUCUGUGAAAGUGAAACUGAAGAGGAAGAAGACACAAAGAACCCAAAGCAGAAAAUCACACAGACACGGCGUCCUGAUGCCCCUACGGCAGCGCCGAGCGAGCCGCAGCCACUGGACUGUGCUCUGUGAGUGGCGCUGGCAGAGGGGCACUGCCAGCCACAGCCUAGCCAUUGUGUCUGCGCCUCCUACCGCUGCGUGCAGCAAGGGGUGCUGUGGGCAGCCAGGCCUGGCUUCGACAGGCCCAGCCUGGCAGGAUAGAAUAGUGGGUGCUUCCACCUGUGUAGAGUUUUGAACAACGUUCUAAAUGGCACUUUAAGUGAAAGAAUUUGUCCCCAGGAUGUGGCAACUAUCCCUUCCCCAGCAGUUAGUGUCCCUGAUUAUCCACAGACCAUUGGGUACCAAAGCCCAGAGCUGUAGUCAUUUAGUACACUGCCAUUUUUACAGAUUUAAGAAAGUGCUACGAUUUGGAGAAUCUGCUGGGUGUUUUUUGUACCAGCAUCAUAGCUUCUAACCAACAUAUUGAUCAGAGGUUGAUUGUUACUCAAUAUUUUUGACUUUUUUUUUUUGUAUGAAAACUGAUUAAUGGAAACGUUCCUAGAAAUCACAUUCCUCAGCUAUUUUUUCCAUUGUUCUUGGGGAAGAAAUGCCAAAUGGAUGUGAAUAUCAUAAACAAGUGGCAGGGCUGAAAUUGUAGAUCACGGUCCGCCCUGUUCCCGGGCAGGCUCCUUCGGGCAUGGCUUCCCUGGGGGAACCACUUCUGGAAGUGGGACAUGAUCACCGGAGACUUGCCUGACAGAUUCGAUGGCUGCUGCCUUCCAUAUUCCAGCCUGGUGAGUGACAGCUGUCUUCACUCGCCAGUUUUUAUCUUGCCCUUCCUGAUGUUGGCUUACCUACUAGUUCUUGAGAUUUUCUUUGCUCUGUGUAUAUUUACAUCACCCUGAGUCUUAAACUAGAAAAGACAACCAGAUUUUCUGAAGGUCAUUUUAAUUGGGAAUGGAUUACCAUUUGUUUUGAGACAAAUUCUCACUCCAUAGCUCAGGCUGGCCUGAAAUACAUUUUGCACACACUGGUUCUGAAUCCACUGGGAUUCCAAGUGUUGGAAUCACAGGAGUGAGCACUCAGGCUCAGUAUUUAAACAUGUCAGCUUGUUCAGAAAGAAAGGUCAGGCAUUCUAUUUUUCUAUGAAUUAGGGGAAGAAAUCACACUUUUAAAAAUAUUUUGAGGGAGCUGCAGAGAUGGCCUAGCUGUUAAGGCUCUUGCCUGCAAAGCCUUAGGACCCAUGUUUGACUCUCCAGGUCCCACAUAAGCCAGAUAC